AUGGAGUCACCCACUGGCCAACCGGACUCUCCAUUAGAUCUGGAUGACGUCCCAUUUCCAUGUCAGGGUUGCGGAGAGAUACUGGAGGAAGGCAAAGCUUUCGAGCUGGCCAAUAAACGAUGGCAUAUUGACUGUUUUCGAUGCAACACAUGCGGCACCUUUCUCGAUUCAGAGGCAAACCUCCUUCUGCUUGGCGACGGCUCUCUCAUUUGCAACAGUUGUACUUACAGCUGCAGUUCCUGUGGAGACAAGAUCGAAGACCUAGCAAUCCUCACCGGCGACCAGGCCUUUUGCGCAACCUGCUUCAAAUGUCGCAACUGUAAGCGGAAGAUCGAGAAUCUCCGCUAUGCGCGGACAUCACAGGGUAUCUUUUGUAUGGAUUGUCAUGAAUCACUGAUGGCACGAAGGCGGAAGCGAACGGCCAGGCAGCGUCAAAAAGUCCCCAAUGUCCAGCUAGACAAAUCUCUCCCGUCACUCCCGACAACCAUCGCUUCGAGCAAUGGGUUAUCAGCAACUUCGCCCAGUCCAUUACCCGAUCAAUACCAUGAACUGCCCGCUGAAGUUCCUUCUGAAAUGCCCGUUGAGCUGCCAGCUGAAAUGCCCAUUGAACUGCCCACUGAAUUGCCAUCGCGUCCAAGAUCCGAAGAGCGGAAAAGCUCGGGGGAUGACAAAAAUGUUGGGACUCCUGAAUCACAGCCCGUUAACCAAGAUAAUCUUAUCCUUCCUUCCAGCACUUACAAAAUGAAUCGUCAUUCUGCUAUUUCACAUAAAUCUGAUGUAUCUGGUGGAGAAGAGUUUCUCAUUCCUGUUGCAUUUGAUCCCGCAGCUUCUGAGACUCGCUCUCCUCAACCACCCCCAUCAGAAGCUUCUCCUGUUGUGCCACGAGAGUCCUUUGGUCAGCGCAUAUCUGGAGACAGCUCUCGCACACAGUCUACAGACGUACAUGAAUGCCUCCGGGACCAGAAUCACCCUGAGGCCUCUUCUGAGCAGCCAAGUCCAUAUCAAGACAAGCGUCCCGCAGACCCAGGCUCUCACAAAUUCCAAGAGAGCACGACACCCUCAAGAGCUUCUACUCUUGUAUCGCCUCCUGCUAACAAUGAUAAUAUUCGCCAACAGAAUAUAUUGCAGAACAGUUCCGGCCAUGGGGCCGAUAUGUCGGGCCGUGGAGAUAAAUUUAAGUUGCAAGACGUCCCUAAGGGAAGGAGGUCACGAGGUGGCUCUGAGAACAUGUCUCGGCCUGACCUCGGUUUGACGGCUACAGUGACGUCUCCUACACAUGAAGAAACCGAAGACAUCGUUAUAAGUCCUCCUCCUCGGGAUACAGCACGGGUCACAAAUCAAACGUCUCCGGCACCAGAACUCAACAAUAAUGCACCUUCACGCUUUUCACAGGAACCCCGAAUGAAAGAAAAUGGAUCGGUUGAGCCUGCGAGACCGGGACUGCAAUAUCCGCCUAAGAGAGGCGAUUCUCUCGAAGCCAAAUUACAUCAAUCUCUCCAGAGGAAGGUGGUAGCAUCUGUAGCACCUGUUAGCAAGUCUACACCACCAACAUCUAGUAUUACAAACGAUGCUGCGCCGGCGUCCUCGAAUUUUUCAUCUCCCCAGGCGGACAAAUCCACGGGUGCAAAGGGAUUGAGGGUACAAGAGGCGUCAGUGUCAAAGCGCGUUUCCGAUGCUUCAGUUUCUACUCCCUCACCUCACAAGCGUUCUGGGUCUGGCAGCGUGUCAAAACAGAAAUCUGCAGACCCUCGUGGGCAUCAUUCUCGUAACGAAUCGGUGAAGACUGUGCAUUCUGAUAGUCAUCGUGAGCCGGAUAUUGGAGCUUCCCCGAGGUUGCGUUACAGUGGGGUGGGAGACUUCUCCUUGGAAGAAGAUAUGGCUCGAAUUCUUGGCAGUGAUGAUAGCCAGAAUCAAGAAUCCUUGCUGAAGCGGAUGUCGCAUUCCGUCCGACAUGGAAGAAGCUUAAGCGAUAAAUGUGCCCGACUAUCGAAAGAGCAGAAAUGGCCUAAGUCACCGUCAAAUGGAAGCAACUUUGUGAAUGACAUCAGCAGUCCAAGUGGGAGUUGCCCUGAAAAUCGCGAUGAGCUUUCCUGGUACAAGAACGAGCUCCGAAGAGAACGGCAGAAGAUUGUUGAGAAGGAUCAGAAAAUCUCAGCGUUGGAGGCUUCACUUAAUGCCACGGCAAACAUCAAACAGGUUAACACGGAACUUCGCGAAAAGCGAUCCACUAUGGUAUUUCUUGAUGCUCAGAAGGAGAUUGUCCUUCGUGAGCUGGAGGUCCUUACAGAAUGCAUCGCUGCCGAAAAGCAGAGUGGAGCCCCUCUCGAUCUAAGGAGACUAAGCAAUAGCGUAUUACGUGAAUUUGCGGAGUCUGUACAGCGACUCAAAGAUUCGUUUGCCCCUCAGAUUGAGGAGUUGAUCCAAAAGCGUAAUGCCAUCCUUGAAGAACUGACCAAUCUUGGCCGCAUGAAAGAUAAGAGCUUUCAAGAAUUUGAACAGCUAUCUCUUAAGAAUUCGCAACUCGCGGAGCUUAAUAACCAGCUAGUUCACCAGAUCCAAGGGAUCUACAGGGCCAACACAACCUCUAGCAGCGGAGAAAGCAGUCGCCAGGUAACCAAUGGAUUGAGUAUUUCCUCUCACCAAAAGGAAAAAUCUGUCGCCUCACUUGAAGGUCGCGAAAACCGGGCCUCAAAUGACGCUCUCACAUCAACCUCUAACACUCAGUCCGAAGAGGCAGACCAAGCAACCGUUCUCCAAGGACCACAAGUUAUCAGUAUCCGUAAGGGCCAAGUCCGCAAAUUCAAUUGGAAGAAAGGUGGCCAGAAUGUCGCCAAGGGCGUUACCAAGGGUAUCAAGGGCGCUUUCAAUUAUGCAGAAGGCAAAUAUCAAAAGGAUGGUCAGUUUGCGGAAACAGCACCGUAUGGAUCUGCGGCAUCGCAAAAUGGUGAUGAUAGAUCUGUUCGCGGUCAACCUCAGGAGUCGACCCGUCAGGGUUUUGGAUUUUUCGGAAACUCGAAGGUGAAGCCUGGGAUUUGGACAGCGCAGUCGAAUGAGAGUACUACCGCUCUUGUCGAAGUUACUACUAAUAAUAGUAAUGUGCUUUUUGGCACUGACCUUGAACAACGGAUCGAGGUUGAGAAAUGUGUUAUUCCAGGUAUUGUCACACGUUGUAUCGAGGAAGUAGAGCUUCGAGGUAUGGAUUGCGAGGGCAUCUAUCGCAAAUCUGGUGGCAGUUCCCAAGUCCAAAUGAUCCGCGAAGGCUUCGAGAAGUCUUCCGAUUACGACAUUUCCGACCCAGACCUCGACAUCCACGCUGUCACCUCGACCCUGAAACAAUAUUUCCGCAAACUACCCACCCCACUCAUCACCUAUGAAGUAUAUGAUAAACUCCUUGACACAUGGGGGGUUACCCCGGUCUCCGCCCGUGUUGACUUGAUGCGUCGCAGCCUACUGAGCCUUCCGACCACUCAUCGUGAUGUGCUUGAAUUCCUGAUCUUCCAUCUCCGCCGUGUCGUGGAGCGCGAGAAAGAGAAUCUGAUGACGAGCUUGAAUGUUGCUGUGGUGUUUGCACCGACGAUUUUGCGGCCCGAAAGUCUGAGUCGGGAAAUGAGCGAUGUGCAGAAGAAGAAUGAGGCGCUGCAGUUUUUGGUUGAUAAUUGUCAGGAUAUAUUUAUGGGGAUGGAGGAGUAA